AACGCACCGUUUUAAUUGAACGAGAAAACAUCACGAUGAUUAAAUCAAUUUUUCAAGCAACAGUGAUACUCUUAUGUACGAAAAACAGUUUGGAAAAAACCGAUUUCGAGAAACAUCGAUUUCCCGUCGACUUUUCCUUCGGAGUCGCUUCCAGCGCUUACCAAAUCGAAGGCGGCUACAACGAGGACGGUAAAGGCGAAAGCAUAUUCGACCACUACACCAAAACCAAACCGAAGAAAUUCUUCAACGAAACCAACGGCAACGUCGCCUGCGAUUCCUACCACAAAUGGCGAACGGACGUCAAACUACUCGCCGAUUUGGGCGUCGAUUUCUACCGAUUCUCCAUCUCAUGGAGCCGGAUACUACCCCAAGGAUUCUCCCAUCCCAUCAACGGCGACGGAUUGCGAUACUACAACGAUCUAAUCAACGAAUUAAUCGCCAACGGCAUCAAACCCAUGGUGACCAUGCACCACAAGGACAUGCCGAUGGUGCUGCAGCGCCUCGGCGGUUGGACGAACCCGUACACGGCCUACUACUUCGAGGAUUACGCUCGCAUCCUGUUCAGCUAUUUCGGCGAUCGGGUGAAGAAUUGGAUCACUUUGGAGGCGGAUUGUUCGGGUUACGGGGACGAUGUCGAUCCGCCUUUUAUCGAUGAACCAUCGACCAGUCGUUAUCUUUGCACGCACGUUAUGCUCCUGGCCCACGCCAAGGUUUAUUUGCUCUACGACGAGGAGUUUAGGACCAGUCAAAAUGGUAAAAUAGGUAUAGGAGUGAACGCUAGUUGGUACGAAGCGGGGAGUUUCGCUCCGGAGGAUAUUAUAGCGGCCGAAAGGGCGAGGGAAUUUAAGAUUGGUUCGAUUAUGAAUCCGAUAUUUCACACCGAUGGAAAUUACCCGAGGAUAAUGCGAGAACGCGUGUAUAACGUCAGUAGAGAGGAGGGUUACCUGCAAUCGAGAUUACCGAUUUUAUCGCCGCAGGAAAUCGACUAUAUACAGGGGACGUACGAUUUCGCCGGAUUGAACAUCGACACUACAUUUUUGGUGAGGCAAAAUACCGAAAAAACCAACGAAACCGCCACUAAAAAAGAUCUAAACGUUACAUUCUACCAGGACAAAUCCUGGACUAAAACUAACACCGAUUGGUUGAGGGUCGUUCCGGAUGGGGUCAGGAAGGUAUUGAAAUGGGUCAAGGACAAAUAUGAUGAUCCGGAGAUUUUCAUUAUCGGUAACGGUUUCACCGACAAGGCGGAGAUAAACGACGCGAAGAGAGUGCAAAAUCUACAGAAAUACCUACAAGCGAUUUUGGAGUCCAUCCACGAGGACGGGACGAAUGUAAAAGGUUAUGCGAUAUGGAGUUUCCUCGACAGUUUCCAAUGGACGUCUGGUUACAGGUGGGAAUGUGUAUGGAAAAUGUCUUGUAUUUUUUUUCUUCUAUUUCCGGAUUUGUCUAGGGAAAAGUACGGCUUGUAUCACGUCGACUUUUCGGACGCGAAUCGCAAAAGGACGGCGAGAAAAUCGGCGAUUUGGUAUAAAAAGGUGAUAAAAGAGAAACGCGUGGUGGAUUUGAAGGAAGUCUAGAGAAGUCGGAAGAGAAGAUUUUUCACGUCGUAAUUCCCAGCACUAGGUCAGGAAUACGCCUCUCAUUACAACAAAAAAUUCUAUUGUAACUAUUUUCGCUAUUAAAUAAGUUGCAUCAAAUCCCAUCAUUCUUUU